AAAACCUGCAAAACCUAACAGCUGCGUUUUGCUGCACAACUGGGCGAUCUGCAGAACAAGCAGGUGGCACGCUCAGUCCUGAGGUUUGGCUCGUUUUGUCAUCAUUCAGUUGGAGUUUUGACUUUGCCCUGCAGUUAAAACAUUUCCUAAUCAAGCAUUAUGCUGCUUGAGAUAUUCCUGAUCCUGGGGACAAUCAUCGUCUACUUCUUACGUUCCAGGAAGAAAGAAGAAACAUUGUCCUUUAAAGAGGGAUGGUGGGGCAGGGGCCAAAAGCCUGACACUGAAGAAGAUGCAACUAUUUGGCCAUUUAAGGUGGAAACUACACAAAAAGAUCUGAGCGACUUGUAUAGGAGGCUGGACCAGGCUCGAUUCACUGAGCCAUUGGAGGACAGUUGCUUCCAUUAUGGAACAAACUCAGUGUAUCUCAGGAAAGUUGUCUCCUAUUGGAAAAACCAGUUCAACUGGAAGAAACAAGUUGAAAUUCUCAAUAAGUACCCACAAUUCAAAACUAAGAUUCAAGGCAUUUAUAUCCACUUUGUUCAUGUAAAGCCUCCUUGUUUGCCUGAAGGCCAGUCUGCAAAGCCAUUAUUAAUGGUUCAUGGUUGGCCUGGUUCAUUUUAUGAGUUUUACAAAAUUAUUCCUCUCCUGACUGACCCUGCCAGCCAUGGCUUCAGUGAUGAACACAUUUUUGAAGUCAUUUGCCCUUCUAUCCCUGGCUAUGGUUUCUCCGAAGCACCCCACAAAAAAGGCUUUAAUUCUGUAAGCGCUGCUUCGGUAUUUUAUGAAUUGAUGCUCAGACUGGGAUUCAGCGAGUUCUACGCACAAGGUGGUGACUGGGGCUGGCUCAUCUGCACCAAUCUGGCCCAGAUAGCUCCCAACCAUCUGAAAGGUCUUCAUUUAAAUCUAGCCUCUGUUACAAACAUGGGAUUCACCCACCUGCUCUCCAUUCUGCUGGGCCGCUAUCUUCCAGGGCUCUUCGGUUUCCAGGAUGAAGAUGUGAGGCGGAUGUUUCCCUUCUUGAAAAAAGGGCUCUACAGGAUCUUGUUGGAAUCUGGCUACGCUCACAUACAGGCUACAAAGCCUGAUACUGUUGGUUGUGGUUUGAAUGACUCUCCUGUAGGACUGGCUGCAUACAUCUUAGAGAAAUUUUCUACAUGGACUGAUCUGGAAUUCCGUAAUUUAGAAGAUGGAGGACUAGAGAGGAAGUUUAACCUGGAUGAUCUUCUUACCAAUAUCAUGAUCUACUGGGUGUCAGGCUGCAUAGUCUCCUCAAUGCGUUUCUACAAAGAAAAUCUGCAGAAGGGAAUAGGCACACAGAAACAUGAAAGGCUCCCAGUACAAGUACCUACUGGCAUCGCUUCCUUCCCUAAUGAAGUCAUGCACACACCCCAGGCUUGGGCCCAGAAGAAAUAUACCAACAUAGUGUCUUUCCAUUUGAUGCCUAAAGGUGGCCACUUCGCAGCUUUAGAGGAACCUGAACUUCUUGCUGAAGAUAUUCUGCAAUUUGUCGAGAAAGUAGAGAGGGAGCAACUUUGGAGAAAGAAAGGAGAAUAAUUCCCCUUAGGAAAAGCAGGGUAAUUGCUUAUUGCUUACCAAGUCCACUGUAAUCAGAUCUUAUUCUUGACCAGAUAUGAGAGAACAGCAAGAAAACUAGGAUAGCUGAGGUAGGAUACAGCCUUGGAAACCCAAGGGUUUUUCUUUUUUAGCACAGCUAUGCUAAGAAUGUCGCAUGAAGGUUACUUGGUUAUUUUCUUCCCCAAGCAGAAGCGUCUAAAGCCUGUUCUCUAAUACCACUUACUCUUAUUUUGAAAUUGAGAAAUAGACCUUACCACUACUAAUACUCAGUUUAAUUAUUACCAACAGCUUUUCUUCACAACAGCAGUAAAAGUUGAGUUGAUGUAUGUGUGAGAUUCCCCACAUGUACAAUGGGGAACAGUCAAGCAAGACCUGACUUGAAUGACUUUAUCAAUUAAUCAGCACUGAUCUACAGUGCUCAUUAAACCAACCAGCUGGCUGCUGCUGGCUGCCUUUCUCUUCCAGCCUGUGCUGUUAAGCAGCUUCCUGGCUGUAAGGAAGCUCAGCUCCCCUGCACCAGGCUCCUAGGAAAACAAUGUGUGAGGAGCAGCUGGAGCAUUAGCUGAGUAGCUGAAACACACAGGCUUUUGUAGCUUGGACCAGAAGGGAGGGGUUAGGGGUAGGCGUAAUUACAGCCCAAGUAACCUCUGCACAGAAUUUGUGUUCUUAACAUAGCCCCGGACAGGCUUGAGACACUAUGACUUUGCACUGCUUUUAUGGGGUACUACUGUAAACACCUCUUAAAAUAAAUAAAAAAAAAGAGAUUAACUUAAAAUUAAAGGAAAUUCGCAUUGAAACUUUGAAUAACACUUGCACGUACAUAUGCUUU